AUGUAUAACAUCACCGAUGGUUUCUUGGAAGAUGUAGAGGGUGCCGCACACACUGUUGUCUACAAUGGUGGGAAAACCAUCGAAGUGCCUCAGUUAGGAUAUGCGCUGGUUUUUGAUGGAAAAGACGACUGGGUGGAUACAGGUAAAUACAUUAAGUGUCUUGCUGUCUUCAGCCAUUUGAGCUUAGAAAAGUAGGCUUUUACUGAUUUAACCAGGCUUGACAUGUUUUUCAUUUCCUAGGAUUCUAAUUUAUUCAGUAUAGAAAACUUGAGCACUUAAUUGUAGCCAAAACCACUAUAGUAGUUUUUUUUCCAGGAUUUUAAAAGUUAUUCUUUCACGAGACUCUUGUCAAGCAAGUAUAAACAAACGUUAUCAUUGUCUUUCUAAAAUACGCGACAACUCUAUCUCAAUCCAGCUACGACGAGAUCAGUUUCCUUUUAAAGUUUGUAGAAAAGUGAACUUUUCAUAAGCAUCAAACUCACCUGAGUUCGAGUUCAGGCCCCCAAAAUUUGUUUGCCCUUAUACAUUUUGCACAUACUGACAGAAAUCAUAACAACAUAUUAUCCUAGACAAAAGAAAAGGGGAUAUUGUUGAUAAAAUGUCGUGUUAAUAUUAAUUUUUUUAUGGAGUAAUAUAAAGAUAUAUUUUGUUGACAAUUGACAACUCUCCUCUAGGGAGGAGUCGGCACUGCAGUUCGGUCCCCUCCGACAAGUUUGGUUGUAAGUACGGUCUCACUUCCAACACCACCUCUCCACAACUCACUUUAGGGACACUGUCAUCUAUUCUAUGGCGAUUUCGAAAAUGCCAGCUUUUCAAACUGUUAUUCAACAUUGCUCAAAAGAAAUUCACGCAAUGGCGAAAAUGGCUAAUCUAAUGAAAAAUCUCCAGAGGGUUGAGGAAAUUUUAAAUAGCGAGGGAUUUCCUUUGACAGUGGCAAUUUUGGCUAAAAUGAGAUAUUUUAAAAAAUUAAAAUUAAAAUAAAAUAUAGUAAAAUGUCAUAUUUGACGAAUUUGGCGAACGUUCGUCAAAUUCUUAGGAAAAUAAAAUUCAAAUGAGAAGGUAAAGGGGCCCUUUGAAAGUGGUGAUUUGGACGAAAACGGCGAAAAUGUUUAACUCUUGCCAAACUUUGGCGUAUGUUCCUAUGACUUGGCAAAGAGUUCCCUUUUAGAGUGGCGAUUUGGGCAAAAAUGGUGAACAUGGCGAAAAUUCUCCAAACUCUUAGGAUUCAGAAGGGGGACCACUAAAGUUGCUUGGAAAAUGAAGACAUGGGUGGGGGGAGGGGUCACUUCAGUGAAGUAACAUUCAAAGGGGGGAUCGGCUAAAUUUCACCUUGUCUAGCCCCAAAUCCUCCGCUCCCCCCCCCCCCCCCGCCUUCGGCGAUAAAUAAUGACCGGUCCCUUGGGACGACUUUAAUACCCUGGAGUUGGAAACAAUGGUUAUGUAAAUUUCUAGGUGCAUUAUGAUCUAUGAGUAAGUAGUGAAUCAGAUGGCAACGGGGCCCUUUUAAAGUGGCGAUUUUGACGACAAUGAUGAACUCUCUUUAAAGUUUGGCGAAUGUUGCUAUAACGUGGCAAAGGGUCCCCUUUGAGAGUGGCGAUUUUGACGAAUAUGGCGAAGAAACCCCUUGCCACCUCAUAAGAAUAUUCGCCAAACUUUGGCAAAUUUUCUUCUUUUUCGCCAUUGCGUGCAUUUCUGUACAUAUUUCAACUUUUUUCAGAAGCGCCACGGCAGCUCUUCAUUAAGAGCACUUUAUAUGUUUAUCUGAAUUGAAAAAUAAUAAUAUUCCUAGAUCUUACAAUUUACUGUAAUAAGGUAAACCCAUGAACUCGUAUCAAAGACUGCCUUAUAACAGGAUACGCGGUAAAUGAAUGGUCUGUUUCCGUCAGAGCCAAUCAGAAAGCGUUGAGGAUAUGAAACUUAGUAGUUUCUUUAAAACAAGUUCAAGUGUGAUGCAUAAAAGAACAAACAAUUCAUGUCCGUCGAGGGCUUCAGGUUUCAUAUUUACAUAGUGUUCCUGAUCUUCGAUGAAUCUGUUUUAAUUUUUCUUUUUUCGCUAAAGUACAAACUGGAGUAAAUUUUCUCAUGUUCUUUAUUUGAUUGAAGAAAUGAAAAUCCCUUAAAACCAGGUAAAAGCAGGUUCAGUGUAAGGCUUGCUUUGCUAACUAAGAGAAGAAGCGCUAGCCCUGAUUUUCGUCAAGCCAUACUUGUUUGAAGAUGAAAGUAGUUCCCCCAGGAAAGUCACUUUAAAACUUGAUUUUGUUGAUUGAUCUUUCUGACAGGGCUAUUUUGGAACUUCAUGGAUGGGGGGGGGGGGAGGGGGGGGGGAGAAGGAGAUGAAGAUUAAGGAAAUUAGGAUUAGUCAGGUUAACGGCCGCGGAACUUUACACAUGAUGACAGUGUUCCUUUAUCACAAGCACCUUUUUGUCAAACUUCUUUUUCCGCACACUUUCAUUAUUUUAGCCUUACCAGGCUGUAACUCUUUUGAGUACUUUUCCAUCGCCUGUACGUCAUGUAUUUAGUAAAAAUCAUUUUAUUUUCAAGUUUUCUAUUUGUCUUUGGUUUGCGUUUGAUUUGUCUAGCUUUAAACUAGAAAGACUUUGCAAAGCUGACAGCUAGUGAUUUUUACUUUUAGAUUCUUCAAUGACAAAGAAUCUUAUUUCUCCUUAUGUGAUAAUGCCUGGUAAUAAGUCUAAAGACAAAGAGAAUAAGGAAUACUAUCACAACACAUAUAUAAUAGCCUGAUCUUUAAACAAAUUUUUCCUACAAUAGCAUCAGUACCAGAGGAUAGUGAAUAGCGGAGAAUAGUGUGGAGAAUAUGCACGUUGAUAUCGUAGGUUCAAGGCCCAGUAUAUCAGCUACUUCCUGCCGCGUUGUUUUGAGUUUCAGAUAUUGAGAUUGAUGAAAAAUAGUUCGGGAAAAUAGUCCAGUUAAAUUAGUCAACAAGUGCGAUUCAAGAAACCAAAAGGUUGUUAAACUACACUAUACAAACAACAAAAACAUAGCUUGCUUUAAGUUGCAUCCUCCGUUUAAUUUAUUCCUAAAGUAGUUAUAUUUUUCACAGCUUUAGUCAUCCCAGUCCUCUUGCCAAUAAUUGGUGUAAUAAGUAAGUUCCAAGGACUCUUGGCUAUAAUGCUCUUUUUUUUACACAAGUCUAUUUAUUUUUUGUUAUUCAAAUCUCACUGUAAUCACAAUCGACAGACGCGUUUAGAAUGCAGUGCUCCGCUGUCUGAACUCUUCAACACUGUUUCGUUUUGUUUGGCAAAUUAGUCGUUCCCCACUCCCCACCCCUGUACAGACACCCGUCUUUAUGAUUUUCUUAACUUCUUCUUAUCAUGUUUGAAGGUGGUUUUAAUGCGGAUUGCGUGACGGAUCCCUCGACUUGCCGGAAGGGUUUUACUUUGACUUUCUGGCUCAAAGUAUACAGCACAGGGUUCAUUAUAUCUUCGGGAUCAUUCACAAACCACAGGAACGGCCCUGGAUUCCAGCUUUAUUACCACCAAAGCCUGAAACGUUUCCAAUUUUUACUUGAAACACGAAAUAAAAGAUGGACGUUGUUAAUCCAUCAGGAUGUUGGUUAUUGGACACACAUGGCGUUCACGUGGCACAACCAGAACGGACUGAAGUACUACGAAGAUGGUAACCUCAGCACGUUUACCGACCGACCAGUGUUACUGUCUCCGCUACGCCUACAAAAUUAUACGCCAGUUAUCACAUUAGCUCGACCGAGCACCCUGAGGAGGUUCAAAGAGUUUGGAAAAUUUGAGAUUUCGCAGUUAGCGAUUUGGCUCAAAGACCUGUCGGCAGACGAUAUCGCAGGAGUGUACUCCAAUGGAGUGAUACUUUUUCAGGACACCAUUCUUUGCUGUUACUUCAAGGGAGGUACUACAGUAUAAGAGGAGAAUAUCUCUGUAGUGUAAUGCUAAACUAUAAACUAUAAUCCAGUCCGCGGAACGUACCUAUAUAGCUUACUACUUAGAGUACCUUUGUUCGAGUGACAAACGCCAUCAUCUAUUCCAACUCUUUGCUUCAGGGCAUAUUCUAGAGCAUUGCUCUGCUCAGUCCAAAAUUAAUCAGUAUAGCAUCUAUUAAGUCCCUUGGAACGAGCGCAUUAGUAAAUAAGUUGAGGUCCCUUUACAAGUGAAUUUAUUCCUCGGUUACAGUCUGCUGCAAAUUGUGGCAAAACACCGCCGUUUUAAGAUAAAACAUUGCUAUUAUUGCCAGACAGACAUUUUCCAUAAACCUUCGUUCCUAGAUUAAAUGAUGAAUUUUACUUACUUUCAGUGAACCCUUGUCUCACAAAUCCAUGCCAUGAUGGUGAUGCGUGCGGAAAACUAAGUAAAUCCAGUGAAAAGAAGUGCAUCUGUCCAAACGUCAACUUAAAAAUGAAAACAUGCACAGGUAAAUAGCUGCAAUAUUCCAUGUACCAUGCAGCAUCUACAAAUUACAAACUGGCCUCAAAUAGGCAUGACCCUCACCGAAACAAAAUUUUUACAUCUCACUCUCCCACUGACGCAACACCACAGUUUGCUUAGAGACUAACUUGGUCUCGUAAUGUAAUUCUAAAUCUUUCUAUUGAUUUGCUGGAUUUCUAUUGAAAGUGACCCAGUUCAUAAAAAGAAAUUGAUAGAUGCUCUGGAGAAUGGUAAUAAUGAUAGUAAUAACCAUGACGUCUUUUCUUUCUGACCGUACUACCAUCAUAAUAGCCUCAUGAUACUGACCAUAGCAACGAUGACAAUAGAGCUAUGGGUAGGUUGAUUGAGUCAAUGUUGAUAAUGCUGCUUCUCACGGCUAAUGAUCAUUGUGAUACCCGUUCUUAUACAAUUAGACUUUUACUUAUUGAUUUUUAGAGAACAUAACUGGUGUUUGCGAAGACAAAAGUACAGGUUGCAGGGGUUUUGCUGAGCAGUCUUAUUACUGCAAACACAGAAAAAUGCGUGAAAUAUGCCCAAGGUCUUGCUCCUACUGUGGUGAGUAUUAGUGUGUUUGACAGUAACAAUGAGUUGACAAAGUUUAGUGUUCGCGAAACCCUUAACAUUGUUUACAAUCAGUUUCGUGAUGUGUGGUGUGUACAAAUAAUCAGACCGCCGUCUUUCUCUUCAUUUUGAGGCUAUUAACCCUGAAGUUCAAAAACAUUUUUGACGUUCUCAACUCAAACUUUCAUUUUUCGAGUUCUACCUACAAGGUGUCAAUAACUUGAAACAUCGGAUUCAAGAAGGGUUGUCGGUAUACAGCGAAAAGUAAAGUGUGCGCAAAGAAUUUCCAAAGGUUAUGUUCCGUGAAGAGGCUACCACUACUAAUCAAAACGUUCAUUUUUAACAGUAAAUGCAAAAAGGUGCAUUGAAGAUCGAGGGUCAAGGUUUUUUACGGUUCGGUCUAAAGAUAGUGAAUAAGUAAAUCUGGCAAAUUUAAUGAGAUUCAUUAGCUGUAUCCUAGCCUACCAUUUUUGAUUUCUCAAAUUGAAUGUGAAGAUGACGCAUGCGCAGCCGGGUUAUCAAAACGUCACUCGCUGAAAGAAAAAAGACUACAUUUACCCGGGUGAUCAUAUUUCACCUACUGCACAAAAAAGAAGUGUCUGAGCUUUACGAUUUAUAUUUAUUAUCUGUCCCUAUUACCCAGGAGCUUCACGUCCUUCUACAACUCUAAAACCAACCUUAAGUACCGGUUCUACAUCGAUGUCCCGGAUUGCCAGAGGAUCUAGAGACCCAGUCACGCCUGCUCCAUCUAGUUCGCCUUCUCAAAGCAAAACAAAUAGCCCAACGACACCUUCAAAGCGGAGACUACCUAGAGGUAAGCAUGAUUUGAUUGCCAACUUGAGGUUUCCAUUACAUGACGGACCUCCUUUUAGAGUAAAAGGCACACUAAAAAGAAGCUUACAUAGACCUACUUUAUAUUAAAGAUCCGUAAAUUAAACUUGGUUUUUAUCCGUGAUGGACUGCAGGCACUGCAUGCUCAACAAAUAAGAGCAGCCAUCAAACUCAAACUACUGUACCUUUAAAAUUAGUAGAAGUUUUUUCUCUGACAGGUCAGUCGUGCAAGGACCUACAAUGCCCUCCCUACGCAAAAUGUUUCCAAACAAGUAGGGAAGGUGCGGAAUGUAGAUGUCAAUUCUCAUGUGAUAAGGAGGAAAGGAAUCUCAUCUGCGGAACUGACGAUAAAACGUAUCUUAACCAUUGUGUCUUAAAAAUGGAAGCUUGUCGACUGGGGAAAUUGAUCAAGAUUAAAUCAAAGGAAGGCAUGUGCAGUAAGUGACACUGUCGCGGUAAAAUGGAACUUUAAGCUUGGAGAGUUUCCAUUAAGUUAACUCAUUCUUAUGAUAGUGGUGCGCCAUAAGCCCUGGCCAAGGAUUAGCGUUAGGCAAUGGCGAAGUGACAAUAUUUUUGUGUUAGUCUCCACUGGUGGAUCCAGACCUUCAGAUAGGGUGGGGGCCGGUCAUCCAGAACCCGAGAUAAGGGGGGGGCCCCGGCCUCCAAAAACGUUUUUUUCGGCCCUUCGGGCCUCAUUUUGGUCUAAAAAUAAGGGGGUGGCCCGGGCGCCCUGGGCCCCUCCCUGGAUCCGCCACUGGUCUCGAUAAUACUUUUGCACCUUUUGACCUAAUCAACAGAUCUCAGUCGAUCUCAGGUUGAUCCUGUUCAGUCUCUCUACUCAUAUUAACAAACAAUCCAUUGCAAAGAGAAACAACAUGAGCCACACCCCCAUCCGCAGGAAACUCUUUAGUUGUCCUCUGUUGCCUCUACUUACCCCCUCCCCCCCCAAAAAAAAACGACAAAGUAACAAUGGACAUUAGAAAAGAGAGUUGUACAGACUGACGGUUUAUAGAACAAAAUUAACAACAUCAUACGACCAAAUCAGUUACUAGGUCGUUAAUUUUUAAUUCCAAGUAAGAGGAAAUUAAAUUGCAAAAAACAUAUUUAGUUGUUAGUUCGGUGACAAGGUGAAGAUGUUCUUAACUUAAUAUAAAAUGGCAUGCCCGUUUAAAGUGAUUCUCCUUGUGUUGGGGUCAGAAUUAUUCAACGCAUGAACUCUUCUUCUAAGUCUCGUAGAAAUGUAAAUUAUUAAACUCUACGCAAGUGUCAUCUCAUGUGAGGAAACGGGCUUUUUUCCCAGUGUUGACACGGAUCAUCUUUCUAGAAAAAUAUGUUUUGAAUCAUGAAACAAAGCAAAACGAACACAAACAAAAACGUUUCCGACGUAAAUUUUUUUCUCAGAGCCAUUGUAUAGCAGUAGUUAACUUUGUAGUUCAAAAAGGAACUUAAGGUUGAACUGAUCUAAAGUGACUCGGAUUCAGACCCUUUGGGCUUUCAUACUAGGUUUCGGUCAUUAUAGUUAACAGGCUGAGUCGACCAUGUUUAACUUAAUCCAAAAUAUCUAGGCUAGUACUUAUUUUUAACACUGUCAGGUUCAUAAAUUUUGUAUCAGGUUUGGACAAAGUGAUCUUGAUUUAUUAUUAUUCCUUUUCAAAUAAACUUUUUUUCAUAUCAAUAACAGAGUAAGUCGUAAGAAGUCAAAGGGAAUAAGAUGAAGGAUUCAGUCAUUGGAAAUCACUUUCAAAAUAAAAUGUAGUCAAAUCCAUAAGAAAAUUCAUAUCGUCCGUUUUCGUGUUCUUAACUGCAAUUAUUCUUGCACGCACUGUCAUAAUUAGGUUUUCAUUAAACAUGCACUAUUCUUUGUGUUUACAUAAAAACAAUUAUUUCAUUUAAGAACGUGCCGCUAGCACUUGUUCCUAUAAAAAGAAAAAAGUGUCUCAACACACCAGUGUUCUUAUUAUGUUUUGUUAUUGUUUCACUUAAAAACACAGUAGGAAAUCUUGGAGACUGCAGUUUACGUGAAUAUUUUUUCAGUAAAAUCAAAAUAAUACGUUUGGGAUUUGAGCCGAAUCAUACAUUCGUGUUUUAUAUUUGCGCACUUUAUAUUUUAGUUCAGUUAUGUUAAUAAAAAUGCAGUGACGUUCUUUAUUGUAGAUUGGAAUAGCUCAAAUACCUUUUAUUACUGUCAAAGAUCCCAUUCGUUGCCACAUUAUCUUAACGUCUCUCAGCCAGUACUGGCAACGCGUUAAAAACCCAUCUAUUUACAUUAUUUUUGGUAAUAACAUAAAGAUGAACUUAGAUUUUCAAAUAUUUGAUUAAAUUUAGGGUACUAGUCAGUGUAAUGUCCUGCAGAAACCAGGUGUAUAUAGUGUUUGCAAAGCUGUGGUCUGAAAAUGAGUGGGCAAGGAUAAUUUUCUUCUGAAAAAUGAAAAGAAAACGUAUGAGAGUUUUAGUAAAGGGAGGGGGGAAGACUCUAACCUGCUUUUCAAUUAUUAUAAGAAGAACUACUUACUCCCAAGGUAAAAGUGCAAAAAACGUUCAUUAGCGAAAAAGUAACAAAACAUGAGUUGCAAAACUGUUCCCAUUUUUAAAAGUUUAUUUAUUGGUCGAGCUCAACCAAGAGAUAAAUCUAUAAUCCUUUCCUUUGCCAGUUAUAAAAACAUUUGCGAUGUUGCGGUUGUCUCAAGUUAAAUUUAUAUCCUUUUAGCCCUGCUCAGCUAAAUGUGUUUGUAAUCUGCUUCAUUAACAUGUAAGUGGAUAAAAAGAUUGUAGUUUGCCUGUUGUAUUUCAGAAUUCUCUUUGUUUCAAGUUGCUUCGUUGCCUUAUUGUAAUACAGAAUUGUAGUAAAAUUAAAACAACACUAUAACGUCAGCAUCUAGCAAAAAGCGGAGUUUGUAGCAAAGAUUUUAAACCGGGUGGGAGGAUCGAAUUGAAAACUGCUUUCACGAGAUAAUUACACUGAUAACUUUCACUAGUGAACAGAACGUUAUAAAUAUUUUAAUAUGGUAAAAUUGUAAACUCAAAUUCAUAACGAAAUUGCUUGUUUUUUUAGAUGACUGUCAUAGUACUCCCCGUGCUUAAAGCGAUUGCAAUUAGAGACUAUUUGCGCAGAUCUUUCCAGAUUGCUGCGACGAAAAAAGUUUCUGUGUGGUAUCAUUUGGCAAAAUAAAAGACAGCUCAGAAAAAUUACUUCCUCCUUCAGCCUUUUUACUCGAGAACGAGUCAGUCAGAAAGUUUGAUUCGUAAUCUGAUAGGAACAAAAGCGAUGCAUAGAAAAAAUUCACGAAAGUUAAUCCAAAUUUAUAGCGAAACACGAAAGUGAUUUUUUUAUGGGCUUUCAAUAAUCUCUUCUUGAGUUUCCGAAGUUUGUUAAUUAGCAUUUUGAACAGCAAUCGUAGCUGAUCAGAAAUGAAUAAAUUAUGAGUUUGAAUUUUUAUUGAUGAAAGCGUCAAAUACAAACUACUCCAGCUCAGUAUGACAUUAAGCCAUUCUUCAUUCUCGAGCAAACGAGACCGGCGCCCGUUCACUAUUCGUUGUUAUGAGGAAAAAAAGGAAAUGAGAUCGCAACAUGCUAAACUAAAUCGACACCAAAGAUGAAAUAUUCGCGGCCAGCAUAAGUGUAAUUAGUUUGCGGUGUUCAUCCCCGUUGGCUCAAUUUAUCGACAAAUGAACUUAACUCUGUGCUUGCUACUGCUGGGCAUCCUUCUGUUUUCUUCUUGUUGUAUUUCAAGUGUACGAACAAACCGCUUGAAACGAAAACACAGGAAACAAGCCUUUAACAGAUUCCAAGGUGAGGAAAUAUUUCCUUUGGCAAGUAAGAACUAUAAUAUCUGAAAUUUCUUCUUCGCACUCAAAGUACUUUGCAUGGCGAGUCCUAUGAUGUGCUAAACCAUUUUUCAUAUCUAGCACCAGUUUACAUUUGUAAAAGUGGAGACUCUCUGUACGGGCACGAAAACCCAAGGACAAUAUUCUUACUUGCGCAGUCAAACUUGAUGAUGACCUAAAACUGAGAACCUGUGACGACGACGAUAAAAACGUCUACUGUUUUUGCAAUACAGUUGCGUCUUAUUUUGACUAUUUCGAUCUUUCAUCAUGUCUAAAAUAUCUCGAAUUUUAAAUUAGAUUUAACUCGCAAUCGGCGAGCCGCCAAAAGACAAUUUCGUCUUGAUGAUUAGAAUACAUUAACAGAAAAACUGUUUUGUUAUUGCUUGGAUCCAAAUGUCUGACAUUUUCAGCCAUAAUCGUUCAAGAUAUGUUUUGUCUUUUCGACAAGCUUCUUUUCAGUUAUCCGACAAGCAACACCUGAAAUUUCUUUUCUUUUUCCGACGGAAAGUAACUCUUUUAUUCAGGAAAGAAGCUUGGUUCAUUAUUUCGUUUCAAAAAGGAUUCACAUGUGGUAAAUUUGUUCAUGCUGUGAAUGUUGGCAUUGUCCUUCUUUGUAACUAUCUGGCCUUGUUUACUUCAUAAAAUAUAACUUCAAUGAAACAAAUAACUCAACAAGUCUCCAAGAACUCUAGUUUUCGUUUGGCCGUAUUAUUGCCUUUGUAGGCGAGUUCCAGCUUAAAUUAACUCCGCGACAAAUUCUAUAGGUCUCAGUGUAAUCAAAAACAAAGAAACGUGGCUUUUUUUGCCAGUUAUACAAAAACUGAAAUAACACCUGAAAUAGAGCUUACUGAGCUUAACGUCUGCUCUAAUUAAUGUUUUCUCGUAUCAUGAUUCAUAUUUCAUGUGAGGAGCGUCGAAACACAAUAAUCUGCAAUUAAACCAAUAUAAAUAUACUUUAAGAAUACAGGAGGUGUUAAAAUACUGAAAUGAAAAGAAAUCGGAAACUAUGUUUUUACGAUUCCAGUGUAGGCCUCUCUUCAUGGAAAGAUUUUAAUCUAAUAUUUGAUAACUUCUUCACCAAAGAUUUUUUAUUAAAUUUUUUUAAGUUUAAAACCGAAAUAGAUUUCUUAGAUCAAACACAUGCAGCUGUGAUAGGACUUUUUUUUUUUUAAUCCUGACAUCUCUUUUUUUGUGUGAAAUGUUUUCGCGUGGAAAAUAAAUUUUGUCCCAACAAGAAAUGAUUACGCUAAAUGAAAUUUAUUGCCCGAUUAGGCCCCUUCCACACGUAUCUGGAGCUUUUUGAAAACGGGCAUUUUUUCCUCCGUUUCCGAAGAAAUGCGAGUCCACACGUGGCGUAUUCGCAGUCGUUUUCGCCCGUCCACACGAAAACGCUGAAACGAUGGAAAUUUCUAUAGAAUCCCUCACAGAGCAUGCGUAACCUCCGUUUUUGUCUGUCCAUUCGUAAACGAAAAGCUGCCGGUUUUAAUUAGUAUCCAUUCUGGAGUGCGUUUUUGGCGAUCGUUUUUACCGGAUCCUGUGCUCAAAUACCCACGGCAUCGUCCCAAUAUUGUCGCGACAUCUGACUGGAACUGAAGUUGUGUUGAUUACCACCCCUAGCUGUCAAUAUCAUUCUGUUUAUUCUCAAGUGUUGAGAAUCACUCUGUCGGCAUGGUCUCAACAUCCUCUCGACAGGUUUUUUGUGAAUGUUGGCAGAAUAUUGUGACUGUUUGAUUGUAUCUUUUAGUAGUUGGGACUGUUUAGUUCCCGAAAGGAUAGUGAGGUGCUAAUAGCAUUUGCCAGUCCAAAUCUUUUCCAAAUCUCACUUCCCAGGGUCAAAGCCCCCCUUCCAAAAGCAAAGCGGCCUGAGACGUAUUAGACAUUAGUGAACUUACGCAACAGGACGGGAGAGGAAAGAAGACGGCAAACCUUGUGUGACAAGCGUGACAAUAAUUUUAUUUGAAACAACUUUUUGCCAAACUUCACUUUCCUUUAAACAGAUCUUUUUGUAAUGGACCAGAAAACCUCGGUGUUAAGUGAAGAUCACGACAAAACCCACAGGUAAUAGCCUUGUCACGUUUGUCACACACAGCUGUUUUGCCGUCCUCUUCUUCCUGCUGUCCUGUUGCGUAAACUCACUAUUAACGCGAGGACAGCUCACACAACGCCGGAAUGUAAAUGCUUCGAGCACAUUACCCCUCUCAAUCACAAAAGGGCCGCAGGAACCUUUAUCGUCAAUCACUCGUUCUCAUGUGUUGGGCAACAUGUUUAUUGAGUGAGAUUCGACAACAAUUUACACUGAGUAGUGAAUGACAUGGGACGGGAGGGCUGGGUAACGUACUUGCCCUUCGAAUCGAGCUUAUGACUGACCAACAUGCAGCGAGCCCUCAGAUAAGCUUUGCAUGACGUCACAUAUGAUCGACGCGUAACUAACCACACCGAAACAAAAGCGAUUUCUUAGUGAAAGGUGAAGUAACAUGUUUAUAAAAUGUUGGUUUCAAAUCAAAGUGCACACUCCGUACUCACUCAGACUGUCUUCUAUCGGCAUUUUCCUGGUGUUGCGGACAGGUGCACUCACCAGUUGACGUAUACAAAAGACUGAAAGGACACUGCGGGGCCCGGCUGCGGGGUCACUGAACAAUACCCGUCACCCCCCCCCCCCCACGAAAUCACAAAAGUGAACCAACAAUGGUUUCCGCAAUACCAAGAAACACUCCUUUUAACUUACAAUUGACUUGUUUCAUUCUUAGGCGUGCUGUUCAGUAAAGCCACCCACUACCUCCCCUUGAACUUUACUAGAGAGGAUAAGACAAAAUUAGUUGACAUGCGGGGCAACGCAACCGGAAUGGUCUUCAAUACGAUCAAUGCAUCGACCGCUGAACAAAUAGGACAAGUAUUGAGACUUAACGGAAUAGAUAACUAUAUUGAAUUGAAUAACCUGAAAGAUGAAUGCAUUACUAAUCCAAGCAAAUGUACAGAGGGAUUGUCAGUGGCAUUCUGGAUAAAAUAUACUGAAGGUAAGUAAAAGUGUUAAAGAUACUAUAGCAAUGUCGGGUCCUAGCAGGAGAGAAGUUUCGCCGGUGCGAGAGCGCAUCCUCGAAAAGAAUAUUAUCGUGGGUGUAGUGAUUGGGUGACUUUAUCCGUCCUUGCUAAAGAUCUUCUUCUCCAGAAAAAAAAUAUCCGGCGUUGUUAUAAGUAAGUGAUGGUUUCAAGGGCCACCUUUUGACACAUCCUAGCUCUUCAGCCCUUACAUCUCGAAUGGAAUGAAAUGGUUGAUUUAACUCUCCCCUUCAGAAUUGGACUAAGACGUUCAAACUUGCAGUCCGCCUUUUAGUCUCUUAAAAUCCGUCCAGUUCUUAUCUCAUCCAGCGCGAUUGCAAACCACGAUGUUAUUAUUUAGGGAUUGAGACGAGACGUUUUUACGCCCUCGUUUCUCGCGACAAGCGGCCUCGCCGCUCGCGUGCUUAGGUUUCGCGUGCAGUAACUUUGCAAAGAAAAAUAAGAGACUGCUCGCAGUCUAAAAUUACCCAGCCUCGAAAACAAACCGCAGACUGGAUAGCCUGAGUAUCAGGCGUUUCUGGGGAAAAGGGGAAAGAUGGAAGCGAAAACGGGAAAGAGCUGAAGGAGAGAAACUUUCCCUUUCUCUUUUCCCCCCCCCCUCCCCCCUCCCCCAUCUAAAAUCUCCUCUCCCCUACCCCCUUAGGAAGGCCUGAUACUCAGGCUACAGACUGGAUUUCCGCCACUCUCUUGGGUCCGGUCUUGUUUCCCAGGGGAACAAACAAACUAGAGCUCUGAUCUUACUAACAGUUCAUUUAUUCCUUUUGUUAGGCAAGUUCAUUAUUUCUGCUGGUAGGUACACGGAUGUAGCUGAUGACGGCCCUGGGUUUAGGUUUAUCUGUUCAAACUGCAGCAGGAACAGUGGUGUCCCAAAAACGCACAACUCAGGAAUCUUUCUUCUAGAGCUCUCAACAACGACGAAAAAGUGGCGAAUUCAUCUCGACUCUAUACCGCUUUGGUGGUUUCAUUUUGCCUUCACGUGGAGCCCAAACCAAGGGCUCAAAUACUACAAAAACGGCAAGUUUGUCCUGGGAAAGAAAAACCCCGAAAUGUUUAUGGUUGCUACUGACACAAACAUUGCCAAAAUGAUCACUAUUGGUCUUCCGAAUUCACUAAAGGCUAUGUCAAGAAAAAACAGUCGUGGCAAGUUCAGCUUGGGACAUCUGGUUAUUUGGACUUACGAAGUGUCAAAAUAUGAUAUGGAGAUCGCAUUCAGAUCUGUGCUAACAACAGGAAUCAAGUCGUUGCUCUGCUGCCAACAAUUAAAAGGUGAUGAUAAUAAUAAUUAGUUAUAAUUACACAUUAUGGUCGGCAAAAUGCAAUACAAUUAUUAAUUUAACGAUCAGUUUCUUGUCUUAGGCGAAAAAUGACCUUGAAAGGACGUGCAAGGGGGAAAAUGGCAGUCUAUAUUCUCGAUUUCUUCUCUGUAAGAAAGAGGUACAGAAGUCCGCUUUCGUCAAAAGCAAAGAUAACGAUGUUGUUGCCGAUUGGCAAAUGAGUAAAACUGCUAGGAUCGGACGCUGAGUAAAGCGUAAAAUAAAAUAAGCUAGGAGUUCAUUUAGAAUCUUUCUUCCGGUUUGCCAAUUUCAGUUACAAUCUCAAGCAUAAGUAACUGUAAGUAAGGUAAGCCAGUUCUAUUGAGUCAUUGUAAUACCAGAAUUCACUUCGUUUUUGCUUUGUUACUUAAAUUGUCAAUACCACCGAGGUUUAAAAAACAAAAGCCCUAAUUUACACUCCUUUGCAAGAAAACAACAAAAUGAAGGAUUUUGGUAAUUAGAUAAGAUAAGGUAAGAUAAAGAAAACAAAACUGAAUGCACAGGGUCCAGAGGAGUUUCGUGUGAAUAAAUGAAUUAUUUACCUUGAAAAAUGUCUAUACCUGUCGCUUAGCACGAUUAAUUAGCCCAAUGGGAUUUUUAUAAAUCUACCGUAAACGAUUUCUUCGCUUCUUAUCUGACCUAGCCUGCGAAGCGCAGACGCAUUUCCGGUCGUCGCUUCUCUCCCUCCGAAAAAUAGCUAUUUUUUCGACCGGAAAUGCGUCUGCGCUUCGCAGGCUAUAUCUGACCCAGAUCGACUUUUGAAAAUCAAUAACCGCAAGCCAUAUCCUCGCUGGCGCACGGCACGUUGCCCGAAGGGUGACCGAAGGCCCGUCGCCCGGAGGGCGACCGAGGCACGAAGUGCCGAGUAAAAGAAAGGACAAGGGAGGAAACUUGUACCACGUGACUUCGUUCUAUGUGAACCGCAGCACUCGGUGACGGAAGUCAGAAUGAGACCGGAAACGCAAAAGCAACAGACCACUGCUAAUUCGAGAAUCAAAACAUCAGCUGCGGAGAGAGUUUUAAAGAUCUCAGAGAUCUAUGCGAAAACAACAGAGUUUUAAUUGAAGUGAAGAUCUUUCAAGACUGGACAUUUGUUGUACGUUUCAACAGUCUUCGAUGUCUUAAGCAGGUUUUGCUUGUGCGAAGGCUUCCCAGUAGUCGCAAAACGCACAGCCAACCCAUGCAGGCGUUUUUAGGGGAGCUCGUUUUUGUGGGGAGGGAUGGAAAACCGUGAGCUCCCCUAUAAACGCCUGCGUGGGAGGUUACUGGCACUACGGCAAAGGGCUGAUUUGUUAUAGGCCAAUAGAAGAUAAAGACCUCAUUUAAAGAGGGUGUAACACUUAAUGGCUAUAGCUAAUAAACUUGUGGCCUUCUAAAAUACUGAGAAAUUAAUUAAUAGAUAAUACUAAACUGUAUAGAGUGAUUUUACUUGAACCGCGAGACAGCUACUAACAAAUAGUAAAAAAUAGCAAGAGGUAAACAAAAGAAGACAAUGGAAUUAGUGCGUAAUAGUGCGUAGUAUUCUACUACCUAUUUCACGGGUCAAGUAAAAUCACUCUAAAAUACACGAUAUAACGACAUAAUUUAAAUAGAUAAUACUAAGCUAUAAGAAAAUACAAGUAAAUGACGUCGUCAUUCAAUUGUGCUUUUAUUCAGACGACCCGUGCGUCCGUAAUCCGUGUCAUGACGGUGCCACGUGUCACCAGAUGGACACGGGAGACAAAUACCAAUGCAUCUGCCCAGACAUACUCGACCAUAACGGACGCUGUUCCGGAGGUAAGCUUAAAAUGUUCUUACGUGUACCAUCAUACAUUAGCUUAUGUAACAAUACCUGAACAAUGUUUACGGGGACAAUCUCCGACGUUUUGUAUAAAGAAUGGCUAAGAAUUCAUAUCCGUUACCACAGAAAAAUACUGAACAUACAUAUGAUAAAUAUCUCUCUAAUCUAACACUGACAUUAGAAAGAAUCUUUGAUUUAUACCUUUUCUUCCUGGGUAUAUGGUCUCUCCAUCUAAUGAAACUCGAUUAUCAGUACAAUAGUAUCUGUUAUUAGAAUCCCAGAAUUGAAGAAUUCACUCCUCCCUGUCCCAUUCUGUCAAUGUAUAAGCCUGUUGUUAGAGCAUUUUGAUGACAAAUAAAUUUUGACAUUUUUGUAUUUAACUGGUGCUUUUGGAAAGAAAGAUCUUUGUUGAUUAUAUAUAUAUGUAAAAAACUUGUAUCCGCAAUAAAAGUGAAAGUUCAAGCACAAUAUUUUGAUUGUUACCUAACUUAGUGUUUCUGAACUUGGUUUGAUUAUAGCGGAAAAGUUUGCGGAACAUUGUGAAGACAAGUCGGAUCAGUGUGAGAAGUUAGCGAGUCAAGAAGGUUUUUGUGAUUACCGCUGGAGGCGUAUGAAAAAAAUUUGUCCAAAGGCCUGCAAACUUUGCGGUAAGUGAUAUACUUAAUAUUCCGGCUAAUUUACAAGCACUGCUGAGGCACCUCUGUCAGGAUAACACUAAUACCUUCUCUUACUUUUGUUACCUCUACUAUAUUUCUGCUUCUUUGCUACUACUACUCCUACUCCUACUCCUACUCCUCGAGUCGCAUGUCUCAUGGUAAAUAUGAUGUUGAAUUGCUUAUUGUGAAAAAACUCUUGGUUUUCAUUGCGACCUAAGCAACGACGCAAACCUAACUAGAUUCUAAUUAGAAAACCAGGUAAACAUUAUUGAAAAUUUUGAGAGACGUUCUCUCUGGCUUGAUAGGGAGACGUUUGAAAAAGUAACAAAUAAAUAUCUACCGAAAAAGCCGUCUGCACCGCAAUAUCGGGAUUUAUCAAAGGUGAAGUGCUUUCCUUAAGUCCAUAGGAGAGACAUACGAAACAGCUGAGAAUAUCAGCGCGAGUAGAGACACUAAUUACGCUUGCAAUAUGUGUCAGUGAAGUGAACAAUUGCUGGGUAACACAUUCUCAAUCCGAGGACUGUGGGCUAUAACUUUGCCAUUUGUUUUCUCAGGUCUGUAUUUCAUAUUCGUAUCAGCUAUCAGAAUACUAAUAAGCUUUUCCCUCUGAGAGGGUUGUGAAGGGGGGUACCAAAUCCCAGUUCCCAGCCCAAAUUUGGCCCAAAUCCCAGUUCCCAGGCUAAUUUUUGCCAAAAUCCCAGUUACCAAAUUUUCGGUGUGUAUAACGGCGUUAUUUGCAUUGACAUACUUGAUUUCUAGUACCAUUUUGCGAGAAACCUUUUUCGAAGCCAUUUUUAUCUUCCCUUCACAACAUCUUCCCGCCAUAUGCAAACUUGCAGAACUUGUCCGCUGACCAGGAAAACUGACAGAACGUAACUAUGCAACCGUGUAAGCCUGGUAGCUAGACCGCGGGCGCGAAGGCAAAAAAUACUGAUUUCACGGUCUCUACUGAGGAGUGCAAGGUCUAUUGCUACGAAAUUUUAUUUUUCUAUUUCAAAAUAUUGGAGCAAAGACCGCUGAAGAAAAGAAAUCCCAUUCCCAUUUUAUAAUUGUUCAUCCCAUUCCCAGUGGCUAAAUCCCAGUCCCAGUGAGUAAAUCCCAUUUUCCCAGUCCACAAUAAGGCUAAUCCCAGUUCCCAUUUUACCCCUUCACGACCCUCCUCUGAACAUGUUCCAACACAUUUCAUUUCCAUUUCCUUUAGAAAGUGGUAAAAUAAGAUACCAAAGCAAUGAAGCGUUUGAAAGUUUUUAUUUUAAUUUAUUUUUUUCUUUUUCAUAAUGGCUACCUAUUGUUUGUUUCGUUUUAAGUAAUUGCGUGCCUUCAUUAUCGCCUCCAUAUCAAGCCAGGGACGGCGUUAUUCACCUCACUCCCCUAAAAUUGUUUUGUCACAAAUAUAAUCUGUUUACAUACAUCACGCUCAUACGUCGGCAUACAUUCCUCUUUUUUUCUAUUUUUUAUUAAACAAUUUUAGUCAUGAUUUUUGUUUUGUUUUAUCCUUGUUUUACAUUUGUUUGCACUUAUGCCGUUCGUACCAUUGUGAUCAACCAUAAAUCAUUUUCCUCACUAUAUUUAUAAGCUCUGUUGCUUUAGUUUUUGGUUGUCCUGCCUGAUCCUUUUGGCUUAAAAACGCUUUAGUAGUGAUUUGAUCAUUUUGAAAUAAUCCAUUAACAUUUCCGUCUUUUAUGAUGAGUCUGUAGCCCUUAGUUAGGCACCUUCUUUGUGAUGGCGUUUUUUCACUUCACCACUGCGCGCCUGCGUACUUUGGCCUGUGUUUAUUCCAAUAUCCUCAUGUGCACCUGCAACUCAGCUUUUCUCAGCUUCCUUCUUCCUUCUUUUUUUAUUCUCAUUGCACUUUUCCCCUUUAUCAGUAAGCUACCCUUACGGUCGUUACUGAUUUAUUUCGGGUACACUACAGAAUGAACGUGAUCUGCACUUUAUGUGUGUGGUCAUUUUCUUCUGCUUGCUCGUCUGGUUGCUUUUUGACUUCUGACAUCGCUUUCAUCUUCCAACUUUGUGCCCUUGUUUUCAAGUUUGUCCAAAUUCUUCGCACCUUUUUCUCUCAGCUAUCAGCAGUUUUCCAAUAUCUCUUUAGUAUCGACGGCGUCUCAGUUUGCCAAUACUGAACUCGGCUUUUUCCGUCCGGCUUAGUGUAAGUGAAGAGAAAAGAUGGAAUGAUCAUGUUGAGACACUUCUGAGCGAGAACAAAAGUCUUGGGGUUGAUCGACUGAUAAGUUGGACUGUGUUUUUUUUUUUUCAAUUCUACGGAUCCUUUUCAGUCGCUGAAAAACCGAGCAAAAGUUGAAAAUAGCCUUCGCCCAUCUUGGAGUUUUAUUUCCACUUGGAGAAAUCACUGACGUCAUUACUAACUCACGUUUUUGUUACAUCUAGUGAGUUCUUCGUGCGCUAAGCGGAUUGUGAUAGAUAUAAUAGUGAAUUUAAAAGUUGUUUGUUAUAAAUGAUGAUAGUCCGAAUGUGCAGAAACUUUACUUUGUCAGCAAGAGGUUGCCGUACAAUUCUCAAGGAAAGCUAACGAACAGUGUUUCAAUUUGCCGAAAUCAACUUACUUUUAGAUAACAAAAAAAUUAGCUACACUGAAAUUCAAUUACACAUCAAGAGUCCUUCUUGACUUAUUAACCUCCAGUUAUUAUCCAUUUAUGACAAAUUUAUUUUGGUGUUCUAAUCUUGUAAUCUUUUCUAUUAGAGUCAAGCCACAUUAAAUUAACGCUGAUAAAAUGAGUCAAUUAGAUUUUUCUAUUACGCUUAAAUUUUGCAUUGGCUUGAUUGAAGAGGCUUCAAAUUUUUCAAAAAGCGACAGUGGUUUUGACAAGGCGUUCUCGUAUUUUGAGUCAUUUUACUUUGCAUGAAAUAAUUUUCUUCUUUUCUUAAUUUGACACAAGCAUCCUCCUACUCUGAAGAUUAUUUAACAUUAAUUUGUGAAUAUUGAAAUCUAUAAAAAGACUUAAUUUCCUCAAUGCCUUGACAGAUUUAAUUUUAAAAUUAAACAAAAUUUGUGAAAAAAUCUACUUAAAUAUUGGUUUUCUUCAAUGUACUGGUUUUCGUUAAUCGUUUUUUGUUUUGCUUUUAAAAAGUUGAUUGUUAUGUUUCCUCUUAACUCUUUUCUUUCUUUUUUUCCCUUUGAACGUCGAAUUUUGUUAUGACUAAAUCAAAAGUUUUAUACAAAAGACACUGUUACUGCCUUACUGUCUGUUAUUCUUUGCGGAAUGGUUAAGUUUUCAAGUGUGAUAUCGAAAACCCAUACAGUCAGUUGUUAUUCCAUUUAAGAUUUUAAAAUAAGUUUAAAGAUUCAUUGUGGCAGUUUGUUUACCGCUGAAGUCACUUUUCUAAACAGUUGCGACCGUUCAUGUCAAGGUUGUUUAAUGCUAUUAUAAUACUUAUUCCUUAUUUUAAUGAAUUUCCGACAAUUUGCAAACGUUGCUUUUGACGCAAAGAAGGUAAAGGGAAAACAGAGCAACAUUUGUAUCUGUAUCUUCCUACUUAGUUCCAGGCUGCCAUCCGUUGUUCGGCUGUUCACUUCUCGCAGCUUCUCGCUUCCCUAAAAAAAAGUCAUUUUCAAACCAUGUAUUUUAUAGCAGAGGAAUAACCAACUGCAUAAUUUUCUUUCAGCCCUGGUGCUUCGAUGAAUUUUUUGGAAAAUGUUGGAUAAUAUUAACUAGAUAAGAAGCACUUCCCUAAAUGACUAAACUAAAGAGCGUAGGCACAAACUGAGUCGUAAAAACACGGGACAAUAUGAUUAAUAGUAGGCCGGAAAGAUAUUUGGGUGCCAUUAAUUUAACUUGUCGCAGUUAAGGAUUUCACCCACACAUCCAAACAAGGCUAAAUAACUUUCUAUACAACCGAUGAUAGAAAAAAGAAACCCUCAACAGCAAUCGCGGUGGUCACACUUUAGCAACCCGUAAAGAAAGAACCUUCAUUCACAUCAUGAUAAACACCAGAAUAAAUCGAUCAUCAAUAACUUACAUCAAUAUAAUUGCUACAUUUACUUGGAAUAUUAGUGACGGAUGUAAAUUUCGAGACCUUCGCAUAAUAUUCUGAUUCUUGCUGUGUAAAAAAAAAGGAGAAUGUCUGAUAUUCUUAGUUCAUCUUGCAGAUAAUUAUAAAACAGAAAAAUGAAAGAUGUUUUAGGAGGGAAAAUUGAAAGUGUUGAAUAAUUUGUCGUGUAAAUGUAUUCACAGUUCUCUUGAUUUCUUAAUUUGCACUGCGCGCUGGGGGGAAAAAUUGGUUUCAUGCAGUUAGUUUCCUUUUAAUAUUCAAUAGACAUUUGCGCCGUUUACAUCUACCAAUACGCCGACAAUGGCUUGAGACGGAAAAAAAUGUGCUGAUAUUGAAGAAAUUGGUUUUAAUUGGGGCGAAAAGGGACAAAACUAUGAAGAUGUAUUUUAAAAAGGAUUUAAAUGAGGAGAGAAUCAAACAAAAUUGACUUUCCCCCGUGUUAUCUUGAAAACGAAUUUCCUAUUAGAAUUUUCGUAUUUGUUACUUUUCAAAAUACCUUUUAUUCCUGCAGUGCAUGAAACUGGUCCGCGCAUUUAAGAUAACAAGCCACUCUUUGCACUUCGACAGAAAAUGCGAAAAACAAAGUAAAGAAAAAAACCUGAAUAUUUAAUAAAACGAGUAAUCAUUACUUUUUGAACAUUAAAUAUUCGCCUGUAUAUUUGCACUAUAUUCAAUAUGAGCGGUUUUCUUGUUUGGCAGAAUAAUUCUUUUAUCUUUGUAGCAAUCGCCAUUAAGGUUGUUAUUGGAGGUAAAAAGAGAAGUGGAAUUGUAAUUCACAAAGCCACCAGUCAAAAUAUGAAAGUUACUGCGAAUUUAAAACCGAAUCGCAAUCAAGGAAAUGCAAUGUCGCUGUACGACGCCACUUUAUUGGGCCUGCAAUCAUUGCCACCUGUUCAAAGAAGCUGUGUCAAUCAGAAAAUGUUUACUUUUGAGUCUGUGUGAACAAGCUACCAGCGGAUAUUUUAUUGGUAGUUUUCUUGCGCUGGGACGAACGCAUUGUUGUCAUCAUCGCCAGGAAAAAGUGCAAGUUAUAUGGCACCGUGGAGUAUGUAAAGUGACUUGGGACAAAUUCGUCAUAAACAAUAGCUUUGACUGAUUCUCAAAAUCGGUCGGCGUAUUUUUCGAGUAUGCUACUCUCGAAAAUUGAAUUUCACUCCGACUUUUAAGCGUGAGAAAUUGCACGAAUGUAUCAUCUGUGUUCUCUCUAUUUUCUCGCUCUGUUGAAUAUCUCGAUUUGUGAAUCUUUCAGCUUAUAUUCUUCAAGUAAUUCUUCCUCAGUUAUUUCACCACUCCGGGCUACAUUACUGACGUACACGCCACCUCUCAGUGGCGCAACUUACGGACAAAAUCUUCGUCCUUCACAUGAGCAGUUUUUACAGAACUUUUCAUUGGAAACGACCCCCAAUUCUGUUAACGAUGAAUUUCUUUCUAAAUUUGGUGUAUAUACAGGAAAGGAACAGACGCCCGUAAGCAAAACAGAUUUGUUAGUCUCCUCAAGCCGUAAAGUGGAAGCUCAAUUCGCCCACGAAACACAAAGAAGUCGGCACUCGGUUGGGAAGACACUUCAAAAUGAAAACCGCGGGGCUGGAAGUACAAAUAGAAGUGGAUUGACGAGACAUAUGCCAAACAAAAUGAUUAAAACAGGCUCUGUACAACUCAACACAAUAAUAGCGCAAGAAUUUCUUAGUACAUUCCCUCGAAGCGGAUCGAUGAGCACUCGGGAAAGGUUUCAAAAUGACAGGUUUUCCGCGGGUUCUUUGGUCCAACCUAACAUGGCCAUGUCAACGACGAACAGCUUUAUCAGUUUGUCGCCUUCAUCCAUGGUACCCAAAAGAUACGCGAGUACUACAAGAACGCGCCAUUUUUCAGUUUUGUCUUCUCAUGAAAAAUUUACUGAGUCCUCAUUGCUUUUAUCAAAUAAUUUACUAAGUACUCAUAAUCUAUCGCCUGGGGCGGAAAGCAGUAAAUCAUCAUCCUUGUUGUCGCAUUAUUCUUCAGGUGUUUCAUCCGCGCAAGCACGACAAGUGUCCACCAGUCAGCCCACUACCCAUGUCUCAUCAAUUGUUACAAGUUCUGCCAUUAAUCAAGUCACAUCAUCUUUUAUCAGUCUAGCCACCAAUCGGAUUUCACCAUUGCAACCAAGCUCCAUCAUAUCUAGAACACAGACAACACAAUCAUUCUCAAGUAGUUUGAUUGUUAAAUCCAGCGUAAAAUCAGCCUGGUCAAAAACAUAUCUUCACCUCACCAAAGCAAUUACCUCAAGCUAUUUAAUCCACACCGCUUCCGUACAGCCGUUAUUGUCGUCUGUGGUUCCUACGCACGAGGAAACGUCUUUAACUUGCAGAGUAAACAACACGAUGUGUCUUUGCUUUAACUGUGACGAAGCGCCUAAAAGUGCAAAGAUAUGUUGCAUGGAUCUCAUUGAGAAUAAAAUUACCCAGCAGGGAAUAAAAAUGACAGUCAAAAAUAUUAGUGUUCAGGAGUUUUAUCAUAUAAUCACGACUGUUUCUAGGGUUAUUGCAGAUAUUGUUUGGAAUUCUUGUCGCACAAAUGUUAGUCUUUGCCUUACGGGGGAAUCCUCACCUGGUGCUGCAAGUGUUCGUAGGAGGCGUUCACUACGUGAACAAAACAUUCAAAGCAAAACAACAUCAGAUAGAAUAAGAACCAAAAGGGAAGCACUUCAGCCUACUAUUAGCCCUUCUUCGCCGAAUAUUUUCAGCGUUGAGGCAAUAUUUUACAGUCUUUCCCUCCAGGUCGGUACUUCGCCUGGGGUGCAAACGGCUUUUUACGUGAUAAUGAAGUUAUAUAGUAAUGGAACCAAUCAAACUAUAUUGUUGGAUGGCAAAAAGCUGUUGAAGAUUCUCACCAAUGAGACCCACACUCUUGAAAGUAAAUUAAAUAUAUCAAUUGAAUCAUUCACAGCGACGCAUCAGUCAUCUAAGCUUGCUACCACAAGUUCACUUCCCGCUACUCUAUCGCCUAAUUCGUCUCAGGGAAGCCAGAAUAUACAGAUGACGACCUUGUUUACCGGUGAAGGUAGGCAUUUUGUAAUCAGACGCACUAAGUACCUAUACAGUAGACUCCGGCUACCUUUCCAUAUCUGCUUUAGAAUACUCCAUUUUCCGCUUUGAAUGACACUGCUAUCCAGUGAAUUUUGCUACGCAGCACUUUCUUCAGACCCUGUCGACGACACUGCAGUAAAGAAGCUUAGCACUGCCUUUUUGAAAUUGUUUUUUUUUUUCUUAACUGCUUGUCUUUACACUGUUGUAAACUUGUUACCUCAGAUACAAAAGCGCCGCGGUUUUUGUGUCUCAGACUCCCGCCUUCUUGAACAAUUUUCUCCUUCCAUUCUUAAGUGUUCCAGAUAGUGGGAGUCUACUGUAUAAACUCAGUUGUCCCUACUGGCCUUUUGCCUCUUAUUCUCAUUUUUGUUCAUGCUUGGCCUCCACCUCUCUCGCACAUGUUGAGCCCAUUUUUGUACGUGACUUUUUACUGACGUUAUUCGCCACCAUUCCUGAUUUCUUCGUCUUCCUUAUUAUUAUUUAUAUUUCCUAAUAAUACAGGAAUCAGUCACUAAUGUAAUUGUUCAAUCAAACAAUUAGAAAAUCAGUUGAGGAGGGUUCAGUAUCUGCCCUCGCGGAGAACGAGUACGGGACGGGAAAACGAUUGAUAGGAACAAGACCCAAUUUCAACCCUAGCCGGCCCUAUUAGUAACUUCAUUUCCAAUUCUCUACUUUGUUCCCGUUUUUUUAUUUUCCCAUUUCUUAUGCUCGUUCCUUUCUCCCCGUUCCCCGUUUUAGUAACUUGGGGUAAUGAUUACUUGUCCCUCCGAUCCAGUAAGCUAUGUCUUACAGAGUACGUGCGCCCAGAAAUGCACGCAGCGACGAAAUUUAACACAAUUUGUACGGCCGUGCUUUAUAAAAAAAUCUCGAAUACUCUGAACAAGCUCCAGGCUCCAGAAGAAUAAGGGGAAACAGGAAAAACUCACAUUUCGAAAUUUCCAAGUUUUGGAACAACUUUGUGAGGUACCGAUGGAUAAUAAUACUAAGUGCAUCAUACAUUUGGCAAAUUUUGCAUUUCCUUAAUUCUAGAAGAGUUGUCGCAGUUAAUCAUAAAUUACCAGUUUAAAAUUUAAAAUUCUUUCCAUCGUGCCUUUCUAGACAACAUUUAAGGUACUCAUUGUUGCAUUGUUGCCUUAGCAAUAAACUCUUUAGUAUAGAGUACUAAAGUGAUGACGUCAUAAAAAAGAAAUUUCUGAAACUAUGGGAUUUGUCAGGAUAUUCUGAAAGAUCAAUCUCCAAGAGGCCUACUUAACAAAAAUGAGCAUUUCGAGGCAAAUUGUCUCUGAGAUGUUGGCCGGUUAUACUCAGAAAACUCCAUACAAACCCUUCUAAAUUGUUUUUGGGUCGACCCAAGAACAAUUUAGAAGGGUUUGUAUGGAGUUUUCUAAGCAUAACUGGGCUACGAUCUCAGAGACAAUUUGCACCGAAAUGCUCAUUUUUGGCAAGUAGGCCUCUUGGAGAUUUUUCUUUCAGAAUAUCCUGAAAAAUCCCAUAAUUUCAGAAAUUUCAUUUUCAUGACGUCACACUUUAGUACUCUAUUGGAAAUGAAGAUAAAUUUUAAUAUGCAACAACUUCAUUCGUUCACAUUUUAAGCUUGUAGUACUUGAUAGCCAUAUAGUUUGCUUGACUAAUCUUUCUUAUGUUGUAUUUUAUAUAUUUUUUUUCUCUCUUACAGCACCGACUUCUCCUCCUGUGCAAGGCAAAUUGGAGGAUGAGGACGGUAAAGGACUAUCUCAGGAAUUACUCAUCCUCAUGAUAUGCGCGGGAAUUGGUGGAUUUAUUCUAAUUAGCAUUGUAAUGGCUUGUGUCUUUACGCGUUUCUACAGGUGGGAAUGAAAUUAAGUUAUAGUCCUGUGUAGGAGAAAUUUAUCCGUUUGUACACUGAUUCGUUCGUCAUUGCAUCACUCAUGUGUCAAAACUAUGGCACAGAUCGUCUCAUUAAGUGUACCUAGUGUGCCUGCAGGCGUGGAAGGGAAGGAGGAGGGAGUGGGAGGAAAAAGAGAGGGGACGUAUUACGCAGGGUACUACUCCUUUUAAAAUGCCGUUUCUUCAGACCUAAGAGUAAUAGUUAAUAUAACACAUAACUAUUUGCUUCUCGAAGAACAUAACUGUCAUGUAUUACAUGAGGUAGUGAGCGCGAUACAUUUCUUUAGACGUACACUGCCUCUUAGUAAAGAGAACACAUGGUUGACCAACUAAAAUUCAUCAGUAGUAGUUUCAUGACUAGUAAUCCUCUAAAUUGUGUACUAAGUGGAUUAGACAAUCACACCGCACAGUGAAUUUGUGGUGUCCGAGCUUUUAUCUUUAUUUUUGCCUUCCCUUACUACUUUUGAAGGAAACCACUAAAUGGACUAACGUCCCGUUCACGGUAUGUUUCAUGGGAAAUUGACAAUAUCCCUUGCUGCUUUAUGAAAGAGAAACCGGGAAAAGCUGCGGCGCGUGAGCCCGAUGGCUCGAAGUGCGCCUCUAUCUUUUUUAUACCAACAGAUAUGUGUCUGAUACAAACCUGUCGACACUUUUUUCUUUACUUAGACAAAGGAAGGGUGAGUUUGUUCCAGAUAAAACCUAUCCUAGUCCUCCCAACAACAAACACAAUGGCGAUGCAGUUGUGGAAGAUUUAGAAAACAUAGAUACGUUCAUAGAUCCGUCAACGCAGAUCACUGAUGUCCCUCACAAACCAACAAGAGGAUCAGCUGGAGGCAGUUCGGCGGGCGGUCCAAAAAAGCAGAGAAAACCCAUGGGAGUCAAAGUUACUUACAAACCACCGGAAUGGGACUAAAUAUAUAACAAAGGAUACCCGUGCAAUAG